AUGACCAUCGAAGAAAUUGAUGAUUUAUUUCUCAUAGCUCAAGAAACACAUCAUUUCAUUUUUGAUACAGAGUCUGAUUAUCGUACAAAUCAUCCGGUUCUGAUUCAAAUAUUUUUUAUGCUUGAUACACAACAAAUUUCUUUAUUAUUAAUUGUUGAAGCAAAUUUAUUACCCGAUUAUGCUUCAAUCGUAUUUAAUAAAUUACAACAAUUAUUCAAUAUUAUUUUUCGUGAUGAUUCAUAUUUAUAUUGUUGGGGUUUAUUACUUGCUGAAUUAAAUUCGUUUUUACAAUUUCAACUUUUUUCUUUACCUUUACCUUCUUAUUUACACAACAGUCAAACUGUUUUUAAAAUUUGA